AUGGAACGUCUGUGCGCGGAACGAACGCAACUUAAAAGAUUUUUCACGAUUGCCGUGAAUGGUUGUAAAGAAACCUUUGGAAAACCUGAGGCAACCGUCGAGGAGGAUGGUACCCAGGCAAAGGAACUGUUGAGUAGCUAUCCUGGAUCGGCGGCCAAUUAUCCGAAGGCUUUUGGCCAACUGAAAAAUCGUUUUGGCCGUAACGAAUUGCUGAUUGAGUUGUAUAUUAGGGAGCUACUCUCAUUGGUCUUGGUACAGGCAUCGGGCAAAGUUUAUUUGACUCUCGCACAGCUUUAUGACAAGUUAGAAACCCAGCUAAUGGCCUUGGAAAGUUUGAGAGUUACAUCAGAAAAAUACGCGUGCAUGCUCGCGCCGUUAGUUAAAUCCGUACUUCCUGAGUCAAUUUUACGGGAAUGGGAGUCUAGGAGCACGUUUUCUGUCCCUAAGGAAAAGGGCGCUGCACCAAAGAGCAGUGCUGGGAAUGUCAAGUCCUCGACUGGAAAGUACACCACAGCUGCUGACCUAGUAGGUAUUGAGUCCACUGAAGGCACUGAAGAUGUCAGUUGCAUUUUUUGCAAGAAUUCUCACAAUACCCAAUUGUGUUCAGAGGCGAGGGACAAGAGCAAAAAGGAUAAAAUUAAGCUCCUCAGAGCUGAAAGCCGCUGUUUUAAGUAUCUGAAAAAAUUCCACGGGAAACGGCCCUGUAAGAAAAAGCUGUGUUGCUUAGUUUGUGCUGAACCUCAUGUUACUGUGAUGUGCCCAGUUCCUGGUAACCUGAAUUCAACGUCUACUGAAACUAGUAAGGCAGCUAAGGAAGAAAACGAUGUAGAGCACAACUAUGCUAGUAUCCAGAGUGCGCCAGUAUUGAUGCAGACAUUGAGGGUUCGUUUGAAAGGAGAAAAUCCUGUCACCACCAGGUUGUUGAUUGACAUAGGUUCUCAAAGAAGUUAUAUAACUCAAGCGCUGGCUGCCAGAAUGCGCUAUGAACCGAUCCGCACUAAGAACUUGGUUCAUGCAUUGUUUGGUGCGAGCAAGACUGAACCCAAGACGCAUCAAUGCUAUAAGUUCUUGACUCGGAACAGAUUUGUCACGCCAUUCCCUCCAUUCCUUCGCGAGAAGCAAAUCGAGUUGACUGACGACAGACAGGGCCCAAUUGACAUUAUUGUUGGAGCGGACGUCGCGGGAAAGCUACUCACCGGGACGCGCGAGGAAUUAAGCUGUGGUUUGGUUGCUAUCGAAACUAGCCUAGGUUGGACCAUAAUGGGCCGCGUUAAGGACGCUGAGACAAGUUGCAUGGUUAACAUCAGUUUGCACUGCGCCCAGGAGUUCGACCCUUCUGAUAUGUGGAGGUUGUAUGUGUUGGGCACCCCUUUUAUUGAGCAAAGCCAGGCAACGUUCCGUAAAAGAGAUUGGCCAUGUAGAGUGCCAUUUUUGGUUAGAUUCUUCCACGGCCCUGUGUUGGAUCAAGAAAGGGGAGUAUUUGUGUUCAACAGGGUUAAGGAUAUUCGUUUUCUGACUGAUCCUGAUACGUGGAAACAUGUGCCAGGGGCGAUUAACCCAGCAGAUCUCCCUAGCCCAAGGGGUUGUUUUCCUGAAGAACUUCUUGACUCCAAAUGGUGGGAGGGGCCGAGAUGGUUGUACGGGCCUUGUUCUGAAUGGCCUAACUGCGAUGUCCCUCCUGAUGAAAAUGAAGUUCAAAUGGAAAGGAGAAAAACGCCUGUGGGCCAAGGCAUUGGAAGUCGAGUCUCCAUCGCUCCAGGAGAAUCGGGUAAGGGACGUUCGUGUGUUCGAAAUCAGUGGCACGGAUUUUGCUGGUCGACUCUCUCGAAGAAGAAAUGGAUCAAGGCUGAGGUCGAACCAGAAAGUGAUUCUGGUGGUUCAGCUACCGGCGAUUCUCCAGUUGAUUCACAAGUAAAGGUCGUUGCUUCACCACCCCAAAUCCAAGAAGCUCAGCCUAUUAAUUCUGAAGACCCUCCGAUGAAGGUUCAUCAUGUGGAAACCAGAUGUGGAAGAAGAUGA